AUGAAGUUAAAUGUUAAUGUUAUUGUUAUUAAAUUAAGAAUGUUGACAUGUAACCACCCAGUUCCUCCAGAUCGGUACAACGAUAGGGUGGAGAAGCAUUUACAAAUUACCGGUUUCUAUCAUGUAUCUCAGAUUGGGAUAGUGCAGUGUCAGAAAACAUUGGUAAAUGCUCUAAUCGAACGUUGGCACCCAGACACACAUACGUUUCACCUUCCCAUUGGUGAAUGUGUCGUGACUCUUGAAGAUGUGGCUCUAGUUCUUGGUCUACCCAUAGAUGGUCUUCCAGUCACAGGGAUGACAAUGAGUAGUUUUGAAGCCAUGGAGGCGGAGUGUUUGCUUCAAUUUGGCGUUGCACCGCGUGAGGAGGACUGUAGAUCUAGCUGCAUAAAACUGACUUGGCUACGGAAUCUAAAAGAGAAUUCAGAAUUGACUGAUGAAAUCAGUAUACAGAGGUAUGUGAGGUGCCACAUUAUGUUGCUAAUCGGGACGAUCUUGUUUGGAGAUAAGUCUGGGGCAGGUGUGCACUGGAAAUUUCUACCCUUGCUUCGUGAUUUUGUCAAUAUUGGACAGUAUAGUUGGGGAUCGGCAUGCCUAGCACACCUUUACAAGGCGUUAUGCAGGGCAUCUCGUUAUAACUGUAAGGAAAUAGAUGGUCCACUAACACUUCUGCUCAGUUGGGCUUGGAUCCGGCUGUCAUAUCUAUCGCCGCUUCCUAGAGAACCCCGUAGUUUUCCACUAGCAAACAGGUGGCGUAACUGGGAGCGUGGUGACCGACGAUAUAGAUAUCUGAAGCUAGCUCACUUUAGGAAGGCCUUUGAUGAACUUCAGGAAGGCCAGGUUGCUUAUGCUGUGGAUUGUGUGGAUCCGAACAUAAUUCCUGCUGAAAUCUACAUGCAAUCGGUUGUCUGGAGCGCUACAGUUCCAUUGGUGUCAUUUGAAUGUAUCGAGUGGCAUGCCACCGAUAGGCAUCCAUUGGAUAGUUACAUGAAUUGGUACCGAUCAAAAUUUGGGGACCGCUUAGCCUUGUCGAAUCUUGUGGCUGAAGAGAAUGAUGAAGGUAACCAGGACAUGGAUGCGGGUAAUAAGGAUAUGGAUGAGGGUAAUCAGGAUGCCGAUGAGGGUAUUCAUGAUAUGAAUGAGGACAAUGAAGAACAGGAGCCACAUAUAUCACCUCCAAAUCCGCUUCCACAAGAACAACCUCAGUCCUCAACUCAGUAUCUACCUCAGACAUAG